AUGGUAAAAAAGUCAUUUAUAUCUGUUAUUUCACAAGAAAAAAAAGGAAAAAAACCAGGAUUGGUUGAAUUUCAAAUAUUCAAAUUUACCAAUAGAAUACGAAGACUUACUUCACAUUUUGAAUUGCACCGAAAAGACUAUUCAUCCCAAAGAGGUUUACGUAAAAUUUUGGGAAAACGGCAAAGAUUACUGUCUUAUUUGUCAAAGAAAGAUGGAAUACGGUAUAAAAAAUUAAUCAAUCAGUUUAAUAUUCGGCAGUCACAAAUUCGUUAA